CAAUCUUGCGAUCUCGUGAGGGAUAUCUUGCGCAGAAGCAACCUUUUGGCUACUCCCUCCAGGAAAAACCGCCCGCAACAGGUGUCAGAAAACCAGUCCUCGCAGAUCCAAAGCUCCCGGUGGAGUCGCCCAUUGGGCCUUUGAGGUCUAGGGCCACAAGCUUUCUCUUUCAGAGCAGCCAUCCUUCCCGACAUGCAAGGGGGCUUGGGUAGAUCCCGGAUCCUCGAGUGUUUAGUACGAGGAUAAUCUCCAGACUCUUGGACACUUAUAUAAAGUACUGAGCCGGCGAGUCCUGAAGUAUACUCUCUGCAUACUCAACCUUCUCUCUUACAUCUCUCUCUUUCCCUCUCUCUCUCUCUCGCUACAAGGUUUCCUCCACUCCCUUCUCAGACCUUGAAAGCUGUCCACUUUCAUCGGACACAGACGAAUUCUGCGACCGGUUUUUUUCAGCUGACAGGUCUCUCUGUCUGAGCACUCAGUACUCGUCAAUCUUCGUACAAACAGAGUAUCACAUUCCGUUCAGUCCCAUCUCCUCGUCUCGUGCUUCGAGUGGAUCGCAGGUCGGUCGAGGUCCAUCUAUCUUGAGAACAUGUGGACUCGGUGUUUGCCCUUCGCAGACCGAUCCGAGGAAGAUUUGGAAAGGAACAGAAUGGCCGUGAUAGCAGCUCAUGCGCUGCUGGUGCACAAGAUAGAUGUUGAUACUGAAACGUAUAACCAGCCAGUACGUUGUGGCGAAAUCCAGGCGGCUGAAUCUGCUGAUCAGAACAUGCUAGCUCUUGCCCACAUGAGCCCGUGGAAAUUCAAUGGAGGAGUAACUUUGUGGUUUAGCUUCUUCCUAGCUUCCUUGGGACAUGCGCUAUUGGAGUACUUUUCAGGGGUGGUGGAGAAGAUGGAGAAGCUCGAAUACUACUGAUCGUCUCUGCCACCAGUCGGUCCGAUUUUGGUUUCGUAGUUGUUACAAGUAGACGUACCAUAGACAUCGAUCACAUUGUAUCGUACAUUACUGCAUAGAAUAGGUGAGUAACUGGUAGCAAUCAGCUGAACAUCUGGAAUGGACGUAUAGCUAUGAGUACAUGUAGUUCUCGCGGGCGUGCAUUGGAAUGUCCAUAAUCCACAACUGCUCGAAUCGGAAGCAUUCACGAUGUACUCUGAAGGUCUAG